AUGACGUUUCUCACCACGUGGACAUACUUGGUCUUGACGCUCCACCUGUCGAUAGCAGCAUGUACUACCGUCUAUUCCGUCUGGAAAUCCAAGCAGCGUAUUAACCAAGGAACAGCUGUCCUAAAGAGUUUAGCUCGGAGGCAGUCUUCACAUGUCAAUCCAACUUUUGAGCACGAUAUCAAUAUAGAGUGCAAUGGAAAGGCUUUAAAAGAUGCGCCUGGAGAAAAUUGCAAUGGUACCCACGGACACGCACAUGUCUCUGACCAACCAGAAGCAAUUUGCCCCGACACUGAGCUGGACAUGGAAGAAGACCACAAGAAGGAAGAACCAGCGCCACUAGCCGUGCAGGUAGACAAGAUCACGUGGUACAUGAAGUUGUCCUGGAUGCUUUAUGAUAUAAUAUGCAUCACAGCACCUGUUGUAUCUGUGGUAUACUUCACAACAAUAUAUCCAAAGAUCAAGAGCCGCUAUGGCCCAAGCGGCAUUUCACUAGAAGACCUAAACGUACACGGAAUUAACAGUAUCAUUGUAUUCGUGGAAAUGUGCCUGACGUCAUAUCCGGUGCGACUUCUGCACGCGUUGUAUCCCGUAAUGUACGGAUUUGCAUACGUCGUGUUCAGUCUGAGUUACUGGUCAAGCGACCCUGUACAUAAUGUCCUAUAUCCCGGCGUUCUGGAUUGGAACAGCCCUGGUAACGCUAUAAUGGUGGUGCUCGCACUGGCAUUUAUUGGUAUUCCCUUUUUACAGCUCAUACAUUUUGGGUUCUACCAGCUAAAGCUUCUCGUUUAUAGAAAAUUAUAUGGUAGGCCUUAUUUGGAAUAA